AUGCCGGCCUGUAAUCUGGACAUUGCUGAUGUGUGGAAGCAGUGGUCUGAAGAUGUAUCCAUAAUCACAAGGUUGAACAAAGUGGGCCGAUUGGUAGAACCGCACAAGACUGGUGCGGACAUGAAGACGUGCAACAAGGACGCUGGUUACAAUGCAGCUGUACUGCGGCCUUUGCUCAGAAUCAUGGCUGAGAAUGCUAAUUGGGAGCUGUUCAGCCUGGGACCUGCAAAGAAGGAGAUUCGUGCCCUCUUUGGCUCCCUGGAGAUUCCCUGCAAGAGAGACAACCUCCACUUGGAUGCAUGUUGGAUUAAGAGUUUCUGCUCCUUCGUCAAGAUGAAAGAUCCCGCCUUCUUCGAGCUUCAGCGGAUUUUGGAUCCGGACAUGCCUUCGCCAACGCGAUCCAUGCGUGAGGACCCUUCUCCUCCGGAUGCGGAUGAUGACGCAGCUGCUGAUGAUGGCGGUGAAGGAGAGGAAGAGGAAGAUGGGUUCGAGGAUGAUGUGCCGGAGCAUGCGCCUGAGGAUGGCGAUGAUGAGCCAGGUGCAGCUGAGAUCGUGGAGAAUGGGCAUCCUGGUGCUCAUGCUCCGGUUGCAGCUGCGAUGCCGGAGACCAGAGAUGCCCGUGCAGGCAAGGAUUCCGUUGCGGUUGAACGUGAGAACACGGACAACAUGAAGGGCACGCUGAAGCGCUUGGAGCGACUUGAGGAGCUCAAAAGCAUGAUGGAGCAAGUUCGCCGAGAGAUUGAGUCCAGGAAGCUCUUCAUUGAGGAGCCUCAGUUGCUUGAGCCUGAAGUUGACCUUGUCACUCCGAAGAAGGAGGCUGAGGACGAGGGAAUGGCAGAGAGGCCAGUCGCAGGCCCAUGCCGGAGCUCACAUUUGAAGGCAUUGAAGAACCAGCUUGCAGAGAAUGCUCAGAAGCUUCGUGACAUGAAGGCCAAGAAGAAGGCCGCAGCUGCGGCUUCCGAGCCAGAGGCUGUGGAUGAGAGUGCUGCGGAGAAGGCAUCCGAGGCUAAGGGUGAUUCUGCUGGCAAGCAUGAAAGUGAAGGUUCUGAGGACAGAGACGUCUUCACACGCCGAAAGCAGUUGCAGUUGCGACCGGACCCGAAGCCAAAGCGGAACGCCAAGUCUGCAGACAAGCCAAUGGAGGAGGCCAAGCCGACGGAUGACGACAAGGCUUCAGAUGUUGGUGGCAAGCCUGGCAAAUCAGCUGCGAAGUCCAAGCCCGGGCCAAAGCCUGGGGUGAAGAGGGCCGUUGAGUCCGUUGACGCCGUUGCCGACACGGCGGAGCCCAAGACGAAGCGGCGGUUGUUGGGGCGCUCAACGGCGCCCACAGACAUGGAGCCCCGCGAGGUUAUGGACAUCCUGCAUGAGCCUGGCAACGAGCACCUCCUGGACAUCGUUAUGCAGAUGGUGGAAGCUAUCAACUCCAAGGGGCCACCGCCCACCAUUGAUUCCCAGAAUGGCAUGCCAUCGUUCACGCAUUGGGACUUGUCAAAGUACUGGACGCGAUCCUCCGUGGGUGUUGUCUACAGGGCUCCCGACAAGCCGGCGGUAUACUGCGGUACAUUUUGUGCUGCAGGGACCCGGAAUAUGUGGGUUGCCAUCGAGGCCGUGUGUGCAUUCGUGCCUCGUGCUACAUUAGAUGGUGUGUGUGUGUGUGUGUGUGUGUGUGUUUUUAUAUGUUCAAGUUGGUUAUAG